AUGCCUUCUUCUCUAGUCUCGGGGGUUAUCUGUGCCCUGAGUCUCACAUCUGCUGUCGCUGCAGUCAAAUUCGGUGACCCGGUCAUCAGCUCUGCUUCAGAGAAACAGUUCUCGCAAGAGUUCCCCGAAAAUUACAACAUCUUGAAAUUCCACGGUGGCAAUGGCCCUUACUCAGAGAGGCGCUCUUAUGGUAUCUCUCGUGAUCCGCCAGAGAGCUGUGCAGUCGAUCAAGUGAUCAUGAUCAAGCGUCACGGUGAACGGUAUCCUUCGCCGUCGAUGGGUGUCGAUAUUGAAGCUUCUCUCGCCAAGAUCUACGGUGCUGGAGUCAUGGAAUGGAAAGCUGAUUUGGCCUUCCUGGAUGAUUGGGAGUACUUUGUCCCCAACAAGUGCUGGUACAAUGCCGAGACCUACAGCGGUCCAUACGCAGGGUUGUCAGACGCAUACCAGCAUGGCACGGAGUAUAGGGAUCGCUAUGGUGACCUUUGGAGUGGCGAGUCGGUUGUUCCCAUGUUCAGCAGUGGUUACAGUCGUGUAAUUAACACCGCUCGCAAGUUUGGUGAGGGCUUUUUUGGAUACAACUACUCGACUAAUGCUGCUCUCAACAUUAUCUCCGAGUCUGCAGCUAUGGGUGCAAACAGUUUGACCCCUAAUUGUGACACCGAUAAUGAUACUGCUAUUUGUGGCAAGAUACCGUCCACUAUGCCCCAGUUCAAGGUUGCCGCCGCACGUCUGAAUUCCCAGAACUCUGGGCUCAAUCUCACGGAGUCCGACAUCUAUAAUUUGAUGUCUAUGGCUUCCUUCGAGCUCAAUGCUCGUGCAUUUUCCCAGUGGGUCAAUGUCUUCACCCAGGAUGAAUGGGUCACUUUUGGCUACUUGAAUGACCUUUACUACUACUACUGCGCCGGACCUGGUGACAAGAACAUGGCAGCUGUCGGGGCUGUGUACGUCAACGCAAGUCUCAGUCUCCUCAACGAGGGCCCUGAGAAAGCGGGUCCUAUGUUCUUCAACUUCGCCCACGACACUGAUAUCACUCCCAUCGUCGCGGCUCUGGGAAUUCUCCUUCCUGAUGAGGACCUGCCUCUGGAUCGCAUUCCUUUUGGAAAUCCAUUCGUCGCCACUGACAUCGUCCCCAUGGGUGGUCACCUCACAAUUGAGCGUCUCAGCUGCAAUGCCACUGCUAUGUCUAAAAAGGGUACCUAUGUGCGUCUGGUACUCAACGAGGCUGUGGUGCCAUUCAACAACUGCCAAUAUGGUCCGGGAUACUCUUGUCCUCUGGCUGACUAUACCUCCAUUCUGAAGAAGAGCCUGCCUAGCUACCUGACUUCAUGCAAGGUUCCCAAGUCCUACCCACAGUUCCUUGACUUCUGGUGGAAUUACAAUACCACUACCCGGCUUAACUACCAGCGUGGACCGAUUAGCUGCCAGGAGGCUGAAACCUUGCACUAA